CCCCUUCCUUUCUCCGGUCCAGCCUCGGUCCUGCCGCCGCCGCCGCCGCCUUACCCGGUCCGCGGGGGCCCUGCCGGCCGCCUUUCCCGCAGCAUGGCACCAUCGGGGCUGAAUUAGCCGGGAGCAGCAUUUGGGGGAAGCGGGAUCUCAAGGGGUGGGGGGUGCCCUGCAGCCUCGGUCAUGGAUGUGAGCAAGAUGACUGUCAGCAUCAAUAAGGCCAUUAAUACGCAGGAAGUGGCUGUAAAGGAAAAACACGCCAGAACGUGCAUACUGGGCACCCACCAUGAGAAAGGGGCGCAGACCUUUUGGUCUGUUGUCAACCGGCUGCCCCUCUCUAGCAACGCUGUGCUCUGCUGGAAAUUCUGCCAUGUGUUCCACAAACUCCUCCGAGAUGGACACCCAAACGUCCUGAAGGACUCUCUGAGAUACAAAAAUGAACUCAGUGACAUGAGCAGGAUGUGGGGCCAUCUGAGUGAGGGGUAUGGACAGCUUUGCAGCAUCUACCUCAAACUGCUGAGAACGAAGAUGGAGUACCACACCAAAAAUCCCAGGUUCCCGGGCAACCUUCAGAUGAGUGACCGGCAGCUGGAUGAGGCUGGAGAGAGUGACGUUAACAACUUUUUCCAGCUAACAGUGGAGAUGUUCGACUACCUGGAGUGCGAACUUAACCUCUUCCAAACUGUGUUCAACUCCCUGGACAUGUCCCGCUCCGUGUCGGUGACGACAGCUGGGCAGUGCCGCCUUGCCCCGCUGAUCCAGGUCAUACUGGAUUGCAGCCACCUCUAUGAUUACACCGUCAAGCUGCUCUUCAAACUCCACUCCUGUCUCCCAGCUGACACCCUGCAAGGCCACCGGGACCGCUUCAUGGAGCAGUUCACAAAGUUGAAAGAUCUCUUCUACCGCUCCAGCAACCUACAGUACUUCAAGCGGCUCAUUCAGAUCCCUCAGCUGCCUGAGAACCCACCCAACUUCCUACGAGCCUCUGCCCUGUCAGAACACAUCAGCCCUGUGGUGGUAAUCCCAGCCGAGGCCUCGUCCCCUGACAGCGAGCCCGUCUUAGAGAAGGAUGACCUCAUGGACAUGGAUGCCUCCCAGCAGAAUUUAUUUGACAACAAGUUUGAUGACAUCUUUGGCAGCUCGUUCAGCAGUGAUCCCUUCAAUUUCAACAGUCAAAACGGUGUGAACAAGGAUGAGAAGGAUCACUUAAUCGAGCAGCUGUACAGAGAGCUCAGUGGGCUGAAAGCACAGCUGGAGAACCUGAAGACUGAGAGCCAGCGGGCCGUGCUGCAGCUGAAGGGCCGCAUCAGCGAGCUGGAGGCUGAGCUGGCUGAGCAGCAGCACCUGCGGCAGCAGGCAGCUGACGACAGCGAGUUCCUGCGGGCGGAGCUGGACGAGCUCAAGAAGAAGCGAGAAGACACAGAGAAGGCUCAGCGGAGCCUGACAGAAAUCGAGAGGAAAGCCCAAGCCAAUGAACAGCGGUACAGCAAGCUCAAGGAAAAGUACAGCGAGCUGGUGCAGAGCCACGCUGACCUGCUGCGCAAGAAUGCAGAGGUGACCAAACAGGUGUCUGUGGCCAGACAAGCCCAGGUGGAUCUGGAACGAGAGAAGAAAGAGCUAGAGGAUUCCUUCCAGCGCCUGAGUGAGCAGGCCCAGUGGAAGACUCAAGAACAGACAGAAGUACUAGAGAACUUGAAGCAAGAACUUGCCACCAGCAAACAGGAACUCCACAUUGUCCAGGGCAGCCUGGAAACUUCUGCCCAGUCAGAAGAAAAAUGGGCAACCCAGAUCGCUGAACUAGAGAAGGAGCGAGACAGCUUGCUGAACACCGUGGCUCAUCGAGAGGAGGAAUUAUCUGUUCUUCAGAAACAGUUGGAAGACACCCAGCUCAAACUGUCCAGCACACAGGAAUCUAUGGGUCAGCUCGCAAAGGACCAGCGAAAAAUGCUGCUGUUGCAGUCGAGGAAAGCUGCGGAGCAGGUGGUACAAGAGGCCCUGAGGCAGCUGGAGGAGCCCACUCUCAUCAGCUGCGCCGGAUCUGCAGAUCACCUUCUCUCCACGGUCAAGUCUGUUUCCAGCUGCAUUGAGCAACUGGAAAAAAGCUGCAGCCGGUAUCUGGCCUGCCCAGAAGACGUGAGUGGGCUUCUGCACUCAGUCACCCUCCUGGCCCACUUGACCAGUGACACCAUUGUUCACGGUAGCACCACCUGCCUUAGAGCCCCACCGGAGCCUGCGGACUCACUGACCGAGGCCUGUAAGCAGUAUGGCAGGGAAACCCUCAUCUAUCUGGCUUCCGUGGGGGAAGACGGAGCCCUUGAGAAUGCCGACAGCACAGCCUUGAGGGGCUGCCUCAGCGAGAUCACCGCCAUCGGCGAGGAGCUUCUGCCCAGAGGCCUGGACAUCAAACAGGAGGAGCUGGGGGACCUGGUAGACAAGGAGAUGGCCGCCACUUCAGCUGCCAUUGAAACUGCUACAGCCAGAAUAGAGGAGAUGCUCAGCAAAUCCCGAGCGGGAGACACAGGAGUCAAAUUGGAGGUGAACGAAAGGAUUCUUGGUUCCUGUACCAGCCUAAUGCAAGCCAUUCAGGUCCUGAUUGUGGCCUCGAAGGACCUCCAGAGAGAGAUAGUGGAGAGUGGCCGGGGUACAGCAUCCCCGAAGGAGUUUUAUGCCAAGAAUUCUCGAUGGACAGAAGGACUCAUCUCAGCGUCCAAAGCUGUGGGCUGGGGAGCCACUGUCAUGGUGGAUGCAGCCGAUCUGGUGGUACAAGGCAGAGGGAAAUUCGAGGAGCUAAUGGUGUGUUCACAUGAGAUUGCUGCUAGCACAGCCCAGCUUGUGGCUGCAUCCAAGGUAAAAGCUGAUAAGGACAGCCCCAACCUGGCCCAGCUGCAGCAGGCCUCCCGAGGGGUGAACCAGGCCACCGCCGCCGUGGUGGCCUCAACCGUUUCUGGCAAAUCACAGAUUGAGGAGACAGACAACAUGGACUUCUCAAGCAUGACGCUGACCCAGAUCAAACGCCAGGAGAUGGAUUCCCAGGUGAGGGUGCUGGAGCUAGAAAAUGAACUGCAGAAGGAGCGCCAAAAACUGGGAGAGCUUCGAAAAAAGCACUAUGAGCUUGCCGGUGUUGCUGAGGGCUGGGAAGAAGGAACAGAAGCAUCUCCACCUGCAGUGCAAGAAGCAGUGACCAAAAAAGAGUAGAGCCACACCAACGCCCCACACAUCAGAGUUCUUUUCAGUUUCAUCAUUUGCACAAACUUGCGAGCGUCAGAGGGCUGGUGGAUUCCAAACCAGGACACUACCCUGAAUCUGUGCGCAGAGUCAGAAGAGCACGAGUGUCCUGGCUAAGAAUGCCAAGGCAGUUCUCCCCACUUUUGGCAGUUCCAUGGAUUCCCACUGCUUCUUAUGGUGGUUGGUUGGGUUUUUUGGUUUUCUUUUUUCAAGUGUCAUUCAUAUAGCCAACUCUCCCAAAGGGAACCCGCCUGGAGCUCUGAGCUCUCAGGGGCCCCUGACCACAGCAGUUAACAGCGAUGGUGCUGCUCAGGCUUCACCUUGGUGCUCCACAUCAGCCUCCACGCUGAGUGUCCUGCUGAGCGAGUGCGGGUCAGCCAAGGCCACUCCCCAGGUCGGGCGGAGCUGCUGAGCCACAGCUUUCCUCCAAAGGCAGAAGCAGAGCGAGUGCCUUUCCUUCCUAAAGCUGGAGCUUAGCGGAAAGCCUCUGCCCACCUUCACAAAUGAGAGAAAGGAGGGUGCACACGGCCCAGGUCUCCAGGAGACACCUUUCAUGGGAGCUCCUUGUGACCAGGCUGAAAAACCUUAUCACGUGCUCGAAUGGAGCUGGUGAGAAUAGCUACGUUUCUUCCCCAUGGAAUGAAUUCUCCAUGCCACCCUCUUUCAGACCCAGGCAGGGCCCUAGGAGGGAGUGUGGGCAGGGUUUCCAGUUCCUUUCUCCAAAUGCCUGCCUUGGCAUCCUCUUGAAUCUGAAGACGACAGUUCCAUGUUCUACCUAAUUGACAGACCCAGAAGAUCAGGCAAACUUGCUCCCAGCAGGAAAGAACCCUAUGCUUGGUUUGGUACCUUUAAUAUUUAUUACUAACCUCUGUUAAGCAGCAGCCUACAAAAAGACGCUUGGAAUAAUCAGGAUUUCAGGGGUGACUAUGGCAAGGCUUGUGUUGCUGCCCCAGGACAUCAGUCUUCAAGAAGCAGAAACAAGGCUAAGAUGCCAUCUCGACCUGUGACGGCUUGGAUCCCGAAGCGGGCACGUUCUUCAGAGCAUCUGGGUCAGGGAAAACGAGAAAGGGGGACCAGCCUCAUGUCCCGGGCCCUCUCUGCCCUGUGGACAGGAUGAGGACAGAGGGCGCAUUAACAGCCUCCUGGAGCUGGGCAGCCUGACAGCACUUCUCCACCUCCAAAUGGACCCCAGCAUUUAAGUGACCUUCCAAUCUUGGACAAACAGAAUCUUCCUUCCUUAUCUGUAGCAACUCAUAGGUAGUAGCCGAUAAGCACUUACCAGGACCUGUCCCAGAGGAACAUUGUGAAGUGUUGCUACAUGAAAGGUUGUGAGACUUCUGUUUGAUCACUGUGAAUCACCCACCUCCUUCCUAAAGCCCCUCCACUCCCUCUCUGCAUUUUCUCGGUAGGGCACUCAAACCACUGUCUCCCACUAGCUCGGAUGACAAGACUCGGACCUGUGCUCUCCAUACUGAGCUAAAGAGGCGUCAGCAGUAGCAAUUGAGUGCUCUGAUGUUUAAUGCUGCUUUGUGCUCAGCGUUUUUCCAUCCAAGGCUCAGAAGGAGUGCUGUGUGGCAUCUGUGGCCCAGUUGUGCCAAUUAAGCCAAUCAGUGUGUUCUCAGCACGGAGCAACAUUUCCAGAGGUAGCUAGUCCUCCCUUCCAGAAUCUCAGCCAUUCACACAGUCGUGCUCCAAAUUAACAGCGGGGAAAAAAUCUAGUAUAUUGGGCCACGUUAGGAUUCUCUGAAUAACACUCCCUCUAAAAAGAAGCCACAGUAAUUUGUACAAGCUUCAUGGGCUUAGCCUGAGUAAUAAAACAGUUAAGAAAGCAGUUAAACAGGAAAACAGGCUCGUUCAGUCUCAUACAAGGAAAUACCUGUCAGAUAUAGUAUUACUUUCAUCAUUGCUCACAUUAGAAACUAGUCUGUUCUCUAGCCAGAAUUAAAUUGUCCUGCCUUGGCUUUUCUAAAAAUGACUAUAUUAUACUUGGUGUGAAAUUCCUUGAUUAGAACAGGAAUCAUACCCUAAGGCUAAAAAUGAACCUAAGAGCCUUUUAAAUUAGGCCCUGAGCAUCGCUAGUGACUGAAGUCUCAGGGGUCAGCGUAAAUGGGUCAUAACGAGGCAGGACAACAACAAAGCAGUGGCUUAGGAUAGACGAGAGGUUGAAAUAAAGCUGCAUCCGUUAUUUCAUUUUGUAAUACAGUGCUCUAAUACUUCUAGAGUAAGGAUAUGUGUGUACAUAAUAAGGAAAAAUAGAAGUAAAAAACCUACCUUUGUGGGGUUAUUUUGUAUCUGAGCAAGGAGUUUAAAUUUGGCUGUAAUUUAGAUUGUUUCCUGAUUCGGCUGCCCACAGCAGGAUCCUGUAUGAAUAUGAGUCCCUAACCCAGUAGCUGGAAGAACCAACAUUGUCCAGAGCAUCCUUUCCUGGAAUUGUUUGAGCUGCCAAGUCAGACACCAGGGUUUAUACCAGGUACCACGGGGGUCACAGAUGCAUGUCAGUCGGUCAGGUUGGUUUGCUCCAGCCUCUCACUGAUGGGGAGCUGGUUCUGAGCUUGCUCCUGGGAAGUGCUCACUUCUUGGCCAGUAUCUUGGUCUGGAGGGGUCUACUGGCUCCACUUACCCUGGUCUUUGAUAACUGGUAAAUUUCUUGCUACCUUCUACCACCUUUCCAAGUCUCUGGAAAUCCUCCUGCCAAUGAAAGCCUUCAGUCCCGGCAUUGGCCUUCCAACCGGAUUAGCUUUGCCCUCUCUCCACCAUCCUCGGUCCUCCAGAGACUGCACCACCUAUAGCAUAGAAAGCCACCACCCCGGCCUGCCAGCCAUCAACACAGCAAGCCGGGCCAGCUGUCUGCUGCUCACGUCCUUCGUCUCCCGGGUCCAGACCAAAUACAGGACCAGAACCCACAGUGGUGGCAUAGCCUCUCACCCCAGGAGGCAGAGCAACAUGAAACAGAUGCCGUUGGGUCCAAUUCUAAGAGUAGAUCAUUUCCAGACAUGUCUUUCAGGUGACCCUCAACUACCUCAGGUUUGAAGGCCCUAAAUUAAGCUGAUUACUACUCAUAGGGACAAACCGAGGGGGUUCGGAUAAAUCUUGGUGAUAAUGCAAUUGUCUCAAACUUAUAACAAACUCUUUCACAUUAGGUUUGCAGGGAUGGGGUUGGGUUUGUUUUUCUUCCGUUUUUAACCUUUUCCCCAAUUUUCCAUUAGAAUAGUUCCUAAAAAUGAAUUUCAUUUUUCACUGAGUGCCUACCUUCCCAGGGCAGGUAGCCACUGGCUUUUGUUUCCUUCCAACAAUGCUUUUAUUAUGAUAUUAAGACAUUUCUUUGUAUAAUACAUUGCAUCUGUGUUUUCAAUUUUUCCAAUAAAUAUUUCAACAUGGCAAUGGA